CCCCCUGCGGGGUAUAAAUCAUUUGCCGCAUCUUCACAACUUCCGAAAAGUAAAUAAAUUGCCAAACAAACCCCGUGAACUGGGAUAAAUAUAAAUUCACCGAGAUGGGGAAGAAGAGGAGUUUGCAGUCGUCUGCGCAGAGUAAAGUGAAGAUUGAGGUUAAGGACGAAAUUCCGGAUAAUGAGGUUCAUGUGGCUCGAGAUCGGCUCAAAGGGGCUCUUAAGGAGCUUUUGCAUCACAGCGAUACGGCUUCGUCCGCAGAGUCCAGCGACGAAAGCCCGCCACCAGAGUACAAACAGUUGGCUAAAAGAGUUCAGAAGCCGACCUAUCCAUCACCAAAGCCAAAGAUUCGUCGUCGUCGACAAAUGCCCACUGACCAACUGUUCCAUCACACCUAUGUCAUGAAGCUAUUCGAUAGGAGUGUUGAUUUAGCACAAUUCCGGGAAGAUACUCCAUUGUAUCCAAUUUGUCGCGCAUGGAUGGCCAAUCAACCCCGAAAUCCCAAUCUCGUGCCAAAAGUUCGGAGUCCUAGUCCGGAGAUUGUGAAUGAAGUGCACUCAGAUAAUCUCCUCCACGACGAAAACGGGGAGCUCCGUGAUGUGUACAAUUUACCAGCCCCUCUGCAGCGCCAGGAAGUCUUCCCCAGGAAUCGAGUUCCAUCGCCUAUUCCUUUCCCAAAAGAGAAACUCAGUCUGGAUUACGAUGGACAAGUCCUGAAAUCUCGUGAAACCCUCAUGAAGGAGCACAGAAUGCACUGGGGUCAGGUCAAAAGGAAAUGGCACCAGCAGACUCACAAGAAUGAACAGCGAUUUGCAAAGAGCGCCUUCAUCCUCAGUACGAUAUUCAAAAGGGCCCAAUCUGAAUUCGAAUAAUUCAUUGACGAAAAGACGUUGACUAUUAUAAUUAUAAAAUCACAAUUCAAUGAUUGACGAGUCCUCGGAUGAAAUAUGAUUGUUGUCGCGAGAGAAACCAGGACCACAGAUGACUUUUCAUGACAAUUUCCCCGAUGUUUUUUUUUUCCACUAAUAAUUCACUAACAAUUCAUCUCAAUAGAAAACUACGAAAUGAAUAACACCUUCAUUUCCCCCAAUUCAGAUGUUUUUUUCUUCAAAUUAAUUUAUUUCAAAUAUAAAACAGUUCACGAAAAGCA